GCCUGUGCUGUGCUGUACUCGCUGUCUCAGUACAUUGCUUCACCCAAAGAGCUGGUUGACUUCCUUGCUUGUUCUUACUAUCAGCAGCAGCGUAGGGUGGAACCAUCUUCUAGCUACAGGCGUUCGCGCUACGAGCGCGCAUUUCAUUGUGAUAGGAAGUCUACAUACCUUGCAAUAUGGCUACCGAUAGCCGAAUGCCUGCAGGCAUCGUAGUUAUGCGGCAUGGCAGGAGGGAAGACACUGCCAAUCCAGCGUGGCACCUCACGGCCAAGUUUCCUUUUGAUACUCCUUUGGUUGCUUCUGAAAGUGAAAUAUCAGGAGCUGCCGAACACUUAACCGGGCGUACCUUUGAUGUGGUGUACUGCUCACCCUUCCUACGUUGCAUCGAAACGGCGGAGCGGCUUUUACGGGAAAUGGGGGCUGUGGAUGUCCCCAUGUUCAUACACAGGGGCUUGAGCGAAGUCCACAACCCACAGCUCCUCUUCAAGUGCCGCACACUCACCCUGCGGCAGCGCCUGCGCCUUUGGCAAUGGCGCGCCACCUACCGCCGCCACUCCCGGGCGCUGCGGUCGCGCUUCCGGCCCAAGGCGCGGCUGCUGGCGGAGGGCGACUGGCCGCAGGUGCCGGAGUCGGAGCACGCGGCUGCGGAGCGGCUCAUGCGCGCGGUGCUGCAGCUGGCCGCCAGACACCCCGGACAGCAGGUGCUGGUUGUGUCGCACGGCAAGGCGGUGCAGGUGGCGCACGAGGUGCUGGGCGGCCAGGGGCGCACGCGGCAGGUGGACUUCGCGGGGCUGGUGGCGUGCAGGCCCAGGCGGCAGCCGCAGGCAGCACAGCAGCAGACUGGUGACGGGGUGGCCUGGUCGGCGUUCGAGAUGGACCCCGACGUGAAGCCGUUUGGAGUGGAGUUGGUCGAGUCGGGGUGAUGUGUGCAGGUGUCUGCGGUCGUGCGUCGCUGAAGUGUAGGGGAUGCCGGUACAUGAGGCUUCGUAGGGACGGUGCGACCCGAUCAUUCAUCUGAGCACGAUGAUGCGGGGGUUGGCGCAUGCAUGGCAUGACCGAACUGGUGAUCUGGGGGCUUGUGGCUAAGUGACUAAGCAGUGCGCAGGUGGGGACUGUCUGUCUACUUGUGUGCCUUGGGUGGUUUUCUUGAUAUUCGUACUAGGCGCACGUCGUGAAGCCCUUAGUAAGCUUCGCGGAAUGCAGUGCGGCAGGAGACGAGGGGCAGGACGCAGGUGGUGUAUUUUAUUCGUGCGCUGUGCUACAAGUGAACGAGUGUGCCUAGAGAUGUGUUUAGGAACGUUCAUUCGGUGUGGAUGUUCCAUGUUAAUGCUGACCAACGAUUUGAUCGCACCUAUUGUUUGAGCCUACUAUUUUGUUUAAGUUGUCAGGUAUUUCCUGAGGUGGUUACCAGUUGCCCAACCUCUUCUUGUCUUGCGUCUCCAUUAGUAAGUAUGGGGGUAGCAUGUGCUCCCAUGUCAUGGCAGCCGUCUCACGUGAGGUCCAAGGCAAGAUGGCGAGCGUUAUCCUGGGUAAAAGCUGUGGGUUUGUAUCUGCUAAUAUUACCGCGCGCUUAGGAGGCAUUGCGGGCGGUAGGUAGGCCCAUUUCACAUCUGCUGUCUAGGGGCAGAAUCAUGAUAACGUGGCUGCAACCAUGGAGGC